GUUGGAUCAGUCACUCCUCGCUUCACUAACGCUCUUCACCCAUCUCCCUCUCCUUCUUCUUCUCGAUGGAUCGCCUCCGAGCAGUCUUCUGCAUCGCCCUCCUCUGCCUCGCGGCCUCCGACUCCGCCGCACAGUCCCCCGCGGCCGCUCCCACCACCUCCGCCGCUGCCCCAUCCAAGUCGGCCACACCGGCACCCGCCAAAGCUCCCACCAAGCCCACCACCCCAGCCCCCGCUGCCGCGCCCACCAAGGCAGCCACCCCCUCCAUCGCCCCCGUAGCCGCUCCCACCACCACGCCCCCCGCCACGGCUCCCACCACACCUGCUCCUACCACCCCCGCCACCGUCGCGGCCCCCGCCAAGGCGCCCUCGGCGGCAACCCCGACCUCGACGCCGCCGUCGCCGGCGCCGGUGACGUCCCCGCCCGCACCGCCGCCAACUACGUUGCUGCCUCCCGCGGCUUCCCCCAUCCCAUCGACCCCGGUCCCGGCCGCGGCGCCGCCGAAGGUCGCGGAGACGCCCGCCCCAACGCCGAGCAAGAAGAAGAAGAAGAAGACGAAGAAGCACGCCGCUGCCCCCGCUCCGGGCCCUCCGGCACCGUCCUCCGAAUCACCGGCUAGCUCGUCCGAGGCUGCCUCCCCGGGACCCAGCGUCGCCGCCGACCAGACAAGUGGUGCAGCGACGGCAAGAGGCCUGCUCGUCUGGGUGAUGGCUCUCCUCCUGGGGUUCGCCGUCGUCCUUGCGUAGAUCUGAAGCUCCCCGAGACACUUCAUACAAGCGCUAGUUUCCUAUUCCUUUCAUUUCUGCCUCAGUGCUGUGUCGUAGUUGUUACCGCAUUCACUCGGAUUCUUUUCUUUCUUUCUACUGUUGUCUUGAGGAGUCUCUGUGUGUGUGUGUGUGAUUGUUGAAGAUUAGUAGUGUAUGUACCACAUUUAAUGAUCCAGAUCUACUUCUGCUCCA